AUUGGCAUUCCCCUUGAUCUCUUUUCUACACAGUGGCCCUUCUUUCCCUGUACCCGGCCUUUCGGAUCUCUCUCUCUCUCUCUCUCACUCUCUGCUGGUCUGACUUGUUUGGGUUUGCUUUCAGAUCUCCAACUUUCCGACCUGAUCUCUCUACCCAGGAGUGGAGCCAGAUAGGUGAGCAGCGAUGGCUCAGAUCUUACUGCACGGAACCUUGCAUGCCACCAUCUUCGAGGCCACCUCCCUUUCAGAUCCCGGCCGAUCUUCUGGCGGUCACCCGAGAUUUCUCCGUCAGCUUGUUGAAGGAAUUGAGCAAACCAUUGGCCUUGGCAAAGGCGCUGGUAAGGUUUAUGCCACCAUUGAUCUAGAGAAGGCCAGAGUUGGUCGUACUAGGCUGAUAGGAGAUGAACCUGUCAACCCACGUUGGUAUGAAUCUUUUCACAUCUAUUGUGCCCACUCAGCUGCCAGUGUCAUUUUCACUGUGAAGUUUGACAAUGCAAUUGGGGCAUCGCUGGUUGGAAGAGCUUACUUGCCUGUUGAAGAGAUACUUGAUGGUGAGGAAGUGGACAAGUGGCUUGACAUAUGUGACAAAGAAAAUAAUCCCGUGGGCGAGGCAAAGAUUCAUGUGAAACUCCAAUAUUUUGAUGUUUCUAAAGAUCGUAACUGGGCAAGGGGUAUACGAAGCCCAAAAUUCCCUGGUGUGCCUUACACAUUUUUCUCACAGAGACAAGGUUGCAAAGUAUCAUUUUAUCAAGAUGCACAUGUUCCUGACAACUUCAUCCCCAAAAUACCGCUUGCUGAUGGAAAAUAUUAUGAACCCCACAGAUGCUGGGAAGACAUUUUUGACGCAAUCACUAAUGCCCAACAUUUUAUUUACAUUACUGGAUGGUCAGUGUAUACUGAGAUUACCUUGAUAAGGGACUCGAAGAGGCAAAAGCCAGGGGGAGAUGUGACCCUUGGCGAGCUGCUCAAGAAGAAGGCCAGUGAAGGGGUUCGUGUUCUUAUGCUUGUUUGGGAUGACAGGACCUCUGUGGGGUUACUUAAGAAAGAUGGUCUCAUGGCCACCCAUGAUGAAGAAACUGCAAAAUUUUUUGAGGGUACAGAUGUACAUUGUGUCCUAUGCCCUCGGAAUCCUGAUGAUGGAGGAAGCAUUGUUCAGGAUCUGGAGAUCUCCACCAUGUUCACUCAUCAUCAGAAGAUUGUUGUUGUAGACCAUGAGAUGCCUAAUAAGGGUUCUCAACAGAGGAGAGUUGUGAGCUUUGUUGGGGGCAUUGACCUUUGUGAUGGAAGAUAUGACACACAGUUUCACUCUCUGUUCAGGACGUUGGACACAGCUCAUCAUGAUGAUUUCCAUCAACCUAAUUUUGCAGGUUCUUCAAUAAAAAAGGGUGGGCCAAGGGAGCCCUGGCAUGACAUUCACUCAUGUCUGGAAGGACCUAUUGCAUGGGAUGUUCUGUUCAAUUUUGAACAGAGAUGGAGGAAACAAGGGGGUAAAGAUCUGCUUCUAGAGCUCAGAGAUCUGUCAGACAUCAUUAUCCCUCCCUCUCCUGUUAUGUUCCCAGAAGAUAGAGAAACCUGGAACAUUCAGUUAUUCAGAUCAAUAGAUGGUGGUGCUGCCUUUGGUUUCCCUGACACUCCAGAGGAUGCUGCUCGGGCAGGGCUUGUAAGUGGGAAAGAUAACAUUAUAGACAGGAGCAUUCAAGAUGGCUACAUAAAUGCCAUACGCCGAGCGAAGAAUUUUAUCUAUAUUGAAAACCAGUACUUCCUUGGGAGCUCCUUUGGGUGGAAAGCAGAUGAUAUUAAGCCUGAAGAUAUUGGUGCAUUGCAUUUGAUCCCCAAAGAACUCUCUUUGAAGAUUGUUAGCAAGAUUGAAUGUGGGGAGAGAUUUACUGUUUAUAUUGUUGUCCCGAUGUGGCCUGAGGGAGUUCCUGAAAGUGGAUCAGUUCAGGCAAUUUUGGAUUGGCAGCGAAGGACACUGGAAAUGAUGUAUACUGACAUCAUAGAGGCUCUUCAGGCAAAGGGGAUUAAGGCAGACCCAAGGGAUUAUCUGACUUUCUUCUGCUUAGGCAAUCGGGAGGUGAAGAAGAGUGGAGAGUACACCCCUGAGGAGCAACCAGAGCCAGACACAGAUUAUAGCAGGGCUCAGGAAGCCAGAAGGUUUAUGAUCUAUGUCCAUACCAAGAUGAUGAUCGUCGAUGAUGAAUACAUAAUCAUUGGCUCAGCCAACAUUAACCAGAGGUCAAUGGAUGGAGCCAGAGACUCAGAGAUAGCCAUGGGUGCGUACCAGCCCAACCAUUUAUCAAACAGGGAGCCAGCCAAGGGUCAGAUCCAUGGUUUCCGAAUGGCUUUGUGGUAUGAGCACCUUGGAAUGCUGGAUGAUGUCUUUCUCCAGCCUGAGAGUGUGGAGUGUGUGCACAAGGUUAACAAGAUCGCAGAUAAGUAUUGGGACCUUUACAGUAGUGAGACACUUGAAAAUGAUCUCCCUGGCCAUCUACUAAGGUACCCGAUCGCUGUUACCAGUGAUGGUGUGGUGACUGAAUUGCCUGGAAAUGAAUGCUUCCCUGACACCAAGGCACGUGUCCUAGGAACCAAGACCGACUACCUCCCUCCCAUCCUUACUACAUAAUGGCUAUUUCCCACUUUCCUGUCAGUUAUCUUCUCAGUUCCCAGUUCUUCUUUCUUUUUGCCAAUAAAAGUAGUGUGGUUUGUGAAUAAAAUGAUGUAAUGGAUUGAAGGAAAACAUAGUUGCUGCUCUAUGGCAUGCUGUUUCUUGUCUUGUUUCUGUGCCUAUCUGACAGAUCUAUGUUAGUUGAUUCUGGACGUCAUUCUGUGUGGGCUAUGCUACUAAUACCAGCCAGAUCUUGUGUUGUCUUUUGACUC